CAUCAGUUUCUUCCAAACAGCUGAUCGUGACGGAGCCGAGCGAACAUAACCGAACUCAGCCGAAGGGACGAGUCCGCGCUGACUGACUCCGGAUCCGCAGAUAUUCACAUUUGAAUCUGAUCAAACUACAAACAGGUUCAUUUAUUAAUCUGUUGAACAGACGCAGAGAAGAUGGCGGCUCUGUCCAGUUGGGAGAUGUGUGUGAAAUACGCUCUGUUCGUCUUUAACUUCGUCUUCUGGUUGGCAGGUUCUGGAGUCCUGGCCGUGGGUCUGUGGCUGCGGUUCGAUUCCAGGACGGCAGGACUGUUUAAUGGAGAGGAGUCGCCCACCGUCUUCUUCACUGGUGUGUACAUCCUGAUCGCCGCGGGGGCUCUGAUGAUGGUCGUCGGCUUCCUGGGAUGCUGCGGCGCCAUCAAGGAGUCGCCGUGCAUGCUGGGACUGUUCUUCCUCUUCCUGCUCCUCAUCUUCGCCAUUGAGGUGGCUGCUGGGACCUGGGGCCUCUCCAACAAAGACCGGGUGGUGGAGGACGUCACAGAGUUUUACAAACAGACGUAUUCCAACUACGUCCAAACCAAACAGGAAGCUCUGAAGGAGACGCUGCGGCUCAUCCACUUCGGAUUGAGCUGCUGUGGUCCGACUGGGACGGUGAUCGCUGCGGCCAAAGACACGUGCCCCGACAAGGAGGCGCUCCUCGUCACGAGUUGCCCCAACGCCAUCGACGAGGUGUUCAACACCAAGCUGCACAUCCUCGGGGGAGUCGGCAUCGGCAUCGGGGUCAUCAUGAUCUUCGGGAUGAUCUUCAGCAUGAUGCUCUGCUGCGCCAUCAGGCAAUCCAGAGACUUCGUCUGAGGAGCCACCCCCCCCCCCCCCCCCGCUUCACUCUGUCUAAUAUGAUGAUAAAGUUAGUUUCCUGCCGGGUCCGAACAGGAUGACCAGCUGUGACCGUGCGGAGCCCGAGCAACUUUGAUUUUUAGAUUACAUUUGUAUCCAAAGUAAAAAGAUGUGUUUUUAUUCUGUUUGAUAAACUGAAGAUCCAGAAGCUUCGACAGGAAGGAGCAGGGAAGCGACUCAGAACUUUGACGAGCUCGGCUCUUUUGUUUUGCAGCUAACAGAAUGUGACUGGUGUUUUAUUUUGAAGUUGCACGUUUGAAGCUUGGAUUUAUUUUUUUAAUAAAAGAACUGAGUUUUAUAACCACAUGUUACUGAUGCAGAUUAAAUAUAUAUGCCAAAUAAAUGAAUUAAUGUGUUAAACUGA